AUGAGUGAAAUAGAACAUUGUGGUAUAUUUGAUUCAUUGUUGACGACAAACCGUCACGGUUUUACUCUUGUGAUUUGUUGCAUGAUGGUUUCAGGUGCUGCAAGUCGAACAGCUCCUAUUUUUCAGUUGGGUAAAUGUCUUGCCGUUCCGAUGCAGUUGCAUGUAGCCAAUCGUCAGCGUCUUUGCAAUCGUAUUCGGGACAAAAUAUCUUCGCUUGAUACUAGCAAAUCUCUCACACACAACCUUUCUGGUGUGUUUGUUGUGCUGCAGGGUGGCACUGAUACCUUUCUGGGAGAUUCGGAUGCUGCCAAUGUAUUUCGUCAGGAAUCAUUCUUCCAUUGGACUUUCGGUGUUCUCGAACCAGAUUGUUAUAGGACAAUUGAAGUGGCUACUGGACGUUCUACACUUUUUAUCCCAAAAAUACCAGAAGAAGCUACCAUAUACGACGGUGAAUUAGCUUCGCUUGAACAGUGUUCAAAAAAAUACAAUGUAGAUGAAACUCACUAUACGGAUGAGAUUGCUUCAUAUUUGAGCUUAUGGAGUGCUACGCUUUUGCUAACCUAAUGUGGUGUAAACACAGACAGUCAUCGUCCUACUCCAG